AUGGAUAGCAAGGAACAGGGCGUUGGCCCCAUCUAUCGUCCCGACGGCGAGAAGCCUACUGCGACUGUCUCCAAGGAGGUCUCCUACGAGAAUGUCCACGUGCUCCCCCAAACGCCUCAACUGAUCGCUCUUUUGACCAUGAUCCGAGACGGGCGCACCACUCGUGCAGAUUUUAUCUUCUAUUCCAACCGUAUCAUUCGACUGCUGGUGGAAGAGGGGCUGAACCACCUCCCAGUGGUAGAGCAAUCGGUCACUACCCCCGUUGGUAGGGCUUAUCUGGGGGUCAAGUUUGAGGGGAAGAUCUGCGGAGUGUCCAUUAUGAGAGCAGGAGAGGCUAUGGAGCAGGGGCUGAGGGACUGCUGCCGGUCAGUCCGCAUCGGCAAGAUCCUGAUCCAAAGAGACGAGGAGACUUGCAUGCCCAAACUAUUCUAUGACAAGCUUCCUGCUGAUAUUGCCGACCGAUGGGUACUUCUGCUUGACCCUAUGUUUGCAACUGGCGGAUCCGCAACCCUGGCGGUCGAGGUUCUCAAGGAGAAAGGAGUUCCUGAACAUCGGAUUCUGUUCCUGAAUCUCAUUGCGAGCCCCUCCGGUGUUGCCGAGUUUGCAGAGAGAUUCCCUAAACUGAGGGUCGUCACUGCAUUCAUCGACCAAGGGCUGGAUGACAAGAAGUACAUUGUCCCAGGACUGGGGGAUUUUGGUGACCGAUAUUACACACUGUAG